CGCAAACAAGUUAUUAAAGAAGAGAUAGAUAAAAGAAGCAAGAGAACGAGAUAGAGAGAGAAUAGAGGCUACGUGAGAGAAGAGACGUUUGAUUAUUAAGUUAAUAAUAGAUAUUUAAUUAACUUACUAAUCAUGGGUUAUAUCGACGGAAAAUGGGCACCGCUGAUCAUGAUUACCGUGAUUAACAUGAUUAAUGGGAUGGUUCAGGCUUUGAUUAAGAAAGUUCUUGAUGGAGGCAUUAAUCAUAUGGUUAUUGCUACUUAUCGUUUGGGUAUUUCCACCCUUUUUCUUCUUCCGAUCGCUUAUUUUUGGGAACGGAAAACAAGGCCGAAGCUAACUGCAAGCAUCUCGUUUCAGCAUUUCGCCAGUGCCCUUUUUGGCGCGAGUUUGAUGCAAUAUUGCUAUUUGCUUGGCCUCAGCUACACUUCUGCCACUAUUGGAUCUGCUUUCUGGGGAACAAUGCCUGCCACAACUUUCAUUAUGGCUUUAAUAUUUCGAUUCGACAAGCUAAAUAUGAAAACAAAAGCAGGAUACGGCGUCGUUGUUGGAGCUCUAAUAAGCUUAGCAGGAGCUUUAACUCUUACGUUGUACCAAGGCGUUCCAUUAUCGAACUCUCAAGAACAUGCAACGAUAUUAAACAUCCACAAAGGACAUGAGAAUUGGUUUAAAGGAUGUUUUCUUUUAUUCACAGGAGUUACAUUUUUCAGUUCCUGGAUGCUUAUACAAGCCAAGAUCAACUCGAGCUACCCGUGUCCAUACUCGAGUACAGUUAUUUUAUCGGUCUUUGGUACGAUUCAGUGUGCUCUUCUUAGCUUGAUCAAGUCUAGACAUGUGGAAGAUUGGAUCCUCAGAGACAAACUCACCAUCAUCACCAUCAUUAUAGCGGGUGCGGUUGGCCAAGGAAUGUGUACGGUGGGAACGUCAUGGUGUAUUAAACAACGUGGACCUGUCUUUACAUCAGCAUUCAGUCCUGUCAUACUUAUGUCCGCAACCUUGUUCGAUUUCUUGAUACUUCAUCGUAUGAUUUACUUAGGAAGCAUUAUUGGAUCUGUGGUUGUUGUGGUCGGCUUAUACUUAUUUCUAUGGAGUAAGAGUAAACAGAUAGUUGAUUCUAAGAUCGUGAAGUUGCCUACAAGUACGGUGGAAGAAGAAAAGGAAGAGGAAGAGGAAGACCAUACAAAUGUUAACAAAUUAGGCCGUCUUUUGGUUAUCCCCAUGACUCCUUGAUCCACUUACCUAAACCCUCUUUUCAUCCAGAAAGACCGACAUGUCCUACGAAUCAACUAUGAAGAAGAGAAGAAAGUGAUUAUUUGACUGUUAUUGGAGAAUGUUCUCACUUGUGUUACAAUGUUUCAACUUUUGAAUUUUACUUUUCAAUGGCUUAAUUUGGGUAUUGUAAUCUUUUUUUUUUAAUAAUAAAUUGUAUCGAAAAUGGACUUAUUUGUCUGAA